AUGACCCUAAAAGAAGAAUUCCAAACCCGCAACUUCAGCAUCUACGGCCAAUGGCUAGGAAUCCUCUCCAUGAUCCUCUGCUUCGCCCUCGGCCUCUCCAACAUGAUCUCCUCCAUCUUCUCCCUCAACAUCGUCAUCAUCGCCUUCUCCAUCCUCGCCAUGGUUUUCUCCUUUGUUAUCCUCUUCGUCGAAGUCCCCCUCCUCCUCCGCAUCUGUCCUACUUCCUCCUCCUUUGACGCGGCAAUCCGCAAGAUCUCGACAAACUACAUGCGUGCGGGCGCGUACGGGGUUAUGGCGCUGGUGAUCUGGCUGAGUUGCAUCAGCACCCGGACGAGCUUGAUCGCUGCGGCGGUGUUCUUGACCUUGACGGGGGCGUGUUAUGGGUUGGCGGGGGCGAAGGGGCAGGCUUUUGUUGGGAGUAAGACGCUUGGCGGGCAGGGGGUGGCGCAGAUGAUUGUGUGA